CUCAGACAAGCACAUGCGGGGUACUUCAGGCAAGCGCCAGAGGUGCACACUAUCUUUCUAUGCUUGACGCUCUCGCGACACUUCAUCGACGAGAUGGGGGACCCUGCAAUCUACACAGAUUGGGUACAGCUGAAUCUUCUCCUGAAGGAAAGAUAUCCAGGCACAUCGCAGCACGAAGCCUGCCUGAAGCUGUUCGAGGAGGCAGAUAGCAAAUGCCCUGAGGUGGUGAAGAGGAUCGUCGCUCAGGCAGGCCCCAUCGCAGACGCGACAGGUGGAAUUCUAUGGGUAUCUGGAAAAUGCCUCGGCCGACCGGAGAUGGUACAACUGGGCGAACUCAUCCUAGGUGGCCGUACUGCCUGGAAGGCCAUUUCCAACGUUCCGAAUAUUCUCAAACCGACCGCGGCAGGCCCUUCUCAUGCAACACCGCUCAAUACCACGGCAGCUGUUGCAGGCGCCAGUCCACCGAACGCGGACACAAGCAUGCCUGCCGAUUCGACAAAGAGUGCGGUGCAACCCUGCAAUGGGGUCGAUGUCAUCAGAAACUCCCUCGUCGAUCAUAUCAACUACUACGGACGCUGGUAGCUGGGGAUAGCGGCCACCCAGAUCGCGCAAGGGGAACGGAUAAUUAAAAGCCUAAAGUAUAUUGGGCGUGAGCUUAGCGAGAGCAAUUCUCUCGCUGUCUCCGGUGCCACUGGACCCGAUGGCUUUGCUCAGCCAGUCUGUGAUUUUAUCAGUAGGUGUAUCAACAGAGCCGAUAAGGGUGAGCUUACUGAACGGGAUAAUCAUUGUUUUUUCGUCUUUCAUCCUGGCACGACUUGAGUGCUAGGGUCAACUGAGCGUCUCCAUAUCUCAAAACGGCAGAGACAAUACCGACGAACGGGCCAUGUUUAAUUUCAUGUUAGCAUUUCUUUUCUAGGUUUUCUCUCCUUCACAAGAUUGCUCAACCGUGCUAUUUGCCUCUACACAAGGCCCGCGGAUUUGUUUUUCUUUUCUUUUCUUUUUGUUUUACCCCCCGAAUAAUAGUAAUACUGUACUUUAAUAUCCC